AUGAUUUAGAAUGAGUUUAUUUCACUAGUACCAAGGAAACACGGAUGUAAUAAUGAGAAGUUUCUGCAUAUUGAUAUGGGGAUUAUUUUUGAACCAUUCUAUUUAUUUACAUGAUUUAAGGAAUACAAUCAAACUAAUUCAUUGUAACUAUUUCACCCGUUGUGUACCUCCCCCUUUUUUAUUACAAAUAAUCAUUUCUGUAACACUGAGCAGGGAAACAAAAUGAAACAAAAUUUUCAAGAAAUUUGUUAUUAUCACAAUCUUGUUAUUUUAUAUUUGUGUAGGUACAUCAGUUGAUAGAACAGUAUACAUGGCUAUAUUUUAUCGUAAUGAUACCAGUUUGAUUUAAACAGAUCAAAAUAGUAAAGUAUGUGUACGAACAUAACCCCACAUGACUUUAGAAAAAAAAACAGACUGCUUUCUUCUUCUUUUUCUUCUCUUCUAUCGUCUGUCAUGAAAACGUUUUUGAAAAAAAAAUCUAAGAUAAACCAAUCGAUUUAAGGCGAAGGGAAGUUUUAAGUAAUCAAAAGACAAUUGGUGUUUUAUUUCCAAUCUAUGUGUAUAUAAUUUUCAUUUCUGAUUUAAAUAUUAAUUCUACUGUUACUGUUAUUAUUAGUGUUGUUAUUUUUCAUAGAAAAUUCUUUAAAAAAAAAAUAAUCAAACCGGGUGGCGUAGACAAUAUGACAUGGUGCGAAUUACCGUCAUUGAAUGAGUGAUUGACUGACUGACUGACUGAUCAACUGAAUGAUUAGUUGUUAGAUCAUUGGAUAACUAACUGACUGAUUUGGUUGGUUGAUUGGUUAACUAAUUUGUUAACCGGUUGACCAAAUAAAUAUGUUGUCUAAAUAACUGAAUGUUUCGGGAUUGAAUUACUACAUCUUAUUAUUUUUCUUCAGUGAUCUUUGACAUUUUUUUUUAAAAGAAAAAUAAUUCAAAUAGCCAAAUCAACUAUCAACUUUAAUAAUAAAAAUGGUCAUGUAUUCGAUGACAAUAUAUCGGUCAGUGUCAUGAUGUAUGAGAAAAGAUGAAAAAUAAAAAGCCCUUAAUAUCAAUACACACACGUGUAUACACACAUAUACACAUACAAAAACGCAAACACACACACACACACGUACGCCACUUCUUCUAAAUAAUCACCAAUCUACGAAUGAUAACCAGAUAAUUUCAUCUAUUCCAAUAGUGUAUCAAUAAAAAUCUACAUUAAAUAUGUUUAUAUAACGAAUUUAUUUCUAUUUUUUCAUUUUACACCAAAAAAAAGAAAAGUAAAUUAAUGAAACUGAUCUUUGAUCUUUCAUUACAAUAAUCAUUUGUUUAUUUUCAUCUCGAUUAUGAAUAAAAUCCCCCUGUCCUCCCCCCCCCGCCGAGCCAAAAAAAUGAAGAAUCCUAUUACACAAUUAUACAAGUGACUAUCAUCAUAAUUAUUCCAUUGAUAUAAACUUAUCAGGUAUAUCUAUAUAUCUAUAUAUGAAUAUACAGAUAAUUAACCGAUCUAAUCAUUGUUAUUUCUUAUUUAUAUUGAUUUAAUCAUUUCUAUGAUAAUUCUAUAAUUUGUCAUUAAUAAUCUAAUGACAAAAUCACUAUUCAUAAUCAUUAUUCAUUUCAUUAUUAUUUAUUGUAUCAUUAUACAAUUUAUGAAAUCAUUACCAAAAGUCUAUUCUAUAAAAGGUUGUGUUACAUUUGUUUAUAAUGAUAAUUAUUCAAUGCGUCAAUCUAUAUGUGAUAAAUUAAAUACAAAUUUUCAUAGAAUUCCAAUUAAUUUACCAAUUGAAAUAGUGAAAUUAAUUAUUAAUCAUCAAAAUAUUCAUCAAUUAAAUGAAACACAAUUAAAUCAUUUACCAAAUUUAAUUGAUUUAAAUUUAGAUUCCAAUAAAAUUAAAAUUAUUCAACCAAAUACAUUUAAACAAUUAAUUCAAUUAAAAAAAUUAAGUUUACGUUAUAAUUUAUUAACUAUAUCAUAUGAAUCAUUUCAUCCAAUGAUUAUGUAUCAUUUAAAUCAAUUACAAUCAAUUAAUUUAUUACAUAAUCCAUUGCAACAUAUACCAAAUCAUUUCUUUUUACCAAUUGGUCAUACUAUACAAUCUAUUAUUUUAUCAAAUAGUUUAAUGAAAUUACAAUUAUAUAAUGAAAGUUUUUAUGGUUUAUAUAAAUUAAAAUUAUUAGAUUUAAGUAAUACAUAUUUAGAGAAUUUACCUGAUUCCUAUGAAAUAAUAUUUAAUCAAAUGCAAUUAAAUGAAUUAUAUUUAUAUGGGAAUCCAUGGAAAUGUGAUUGUCAUUUAAGAUGGUUAAUAAAAUGGUAUUUAAAAUAUAAUACAAAAUUAAUAUAUUAUAAAUCAAUAAAUGAUAUUAUAUUAUAUAAUAAUAAUCAUAUUGAUUUAGAUACAAAUAAUUGGUUAAUGAAUGAACAUAAAUUAAAUAAUCAAUUAUUAGAAAUGAAUACAUUAUUACAACCAAAAUGUGCAACACCAAUGAAAUUACAUGGAAAACCAUUAUUUAAUCCAAUCAAUAAUAAUAAUAAUAAUGGUAAACAAAUGAUACGUAGUGUAGAUUUUCAUUGUUCACCAGAAUCAUAUACACCGAAUCAAGAAAUUCAAUUUAUAUGGGGUAAUAAUGAUACAUUAAGUUGUAAAUUUUUUGCUGAUCCAUCCGGUAUUGUAAUAUGGUAUAAAGAUGGAACUAGAAUACAAAAUCAUUGGCCAAGAAUAACAACUAAACAAAGUCAAGGGAGAAAUUUUUUAGCUGAAUUAAUUAUUGAAAAUAUACAAAAUUCUGAUGCAGGUACAUAUGUUUGUUAUUUGGAUACAGGUUAUGGACAUGUAAAUACAACAUUCAAUGUACAAGUGGAUGGUGGUAUAACUAUAGACGAACCAUUUUAUCAUAAUGGUAUAUUUCAUUGGAUUAGUAAAUUGGAUACAACUCUUGUGCUCAAGUACACUGGAAUGAUUGCUGUAUGUUUAAUCAUACUAUUAGUAAUUAUGGGCUUACUGAUUUAUUUAUUCAAUGGAAAGAUGUAUUGUCGACCAAAAUUAUGCAUUAAUAAAACAAUGCCAACUUAUGAUAAUAGAUCAGAUCAAUCUAAACCAAGACUAGCUGGUGAAUCAGAUACAAUAAACACUGGUAAUUUUAGUACUUUAAGUGAUAAAAAUACUAUUAGUAAUUCAAAAAGUACGUAUACGCUCCAAGGACAAAAUCUUAAUCUUUGUACACAAUUGGGACCUAAGAAUGAGAAUAUAGCAAUGACGUGUAAACGUUCUCCAACAUCUGAAUUAAAUGAUCAUGUCUACUUGCAUUGCACUAGUUCUGACGUCUUAGAUCAACACAAUCUAUUAUCUAAUAAAUCACGUGAUCCAACAUUUGAUAAUUAUGUAACAGUUCGUCUAUUACCAACAGUGACAGGUAGUGACCUUACUGUUCCUUGCCCUAUACAUAACUAUGCAUUUAUACAUCAAGUUUCUACAGAUCCACCGACAGUAUCUACUGCAAAUAAUGUAGAUAUUAAUUAUGAUGGUGUUGUUACUGGAUCUAUGCAAGUAAUUCCAGAAUCUCAUAUUUCUUCAUCGAACAUAAAAAAAUAUAAUGCAAUGGAAAAUUCAAAUUUAACUACUUCUGUAAGUAAUAUGAAAAUAUCGAGUACUUCUGAGGAAAAUGUCGCAAUAAAAACUAAUAAAGCUAUAAUUACUGAUUCAGGUAAUAUAAACAAUAAAACUGUCAGUAAUAAUGAUAAUAACUGUUUGAAUUCAUCGGUUUACACACCUUGUCCGUUACAUGGUAAUAUAUAUGCAACUCUUCAGAGUAAAGAUAAGAAAAAUAUUUCCUCAGAAAUACGUAAACACAUCGCCAAUGUACCACCAGGUUUGACAGGAUUAAAUUAUGACAAACAUCAUACACUACCAAAUAAAAAGUUUCACUCACAGUUAUCUACUCCUACUACCAAUGUUGUUAGUACAUCUCCUAAUAGUACUAGUGAUAUUCUUAGGACCACUUCUACACUAACCGAUAAAUGAUAUUCUUUUAACAGUAUUGUACAACAAUUAAUCAUCUGAUUGAGUAAAUGAACAAUUAUCAUUAUUUUAUGAUAAUAAUAAUGUAAAAUGACUGUGAUGCAGAAUACACAUAUGCUUACAUAUGAAUAGAAUCAUAUACACGUUUAUCAAAACAUAUUAGUACAAAGACAUUGAUGAAAAGUGAAUAUUAACUUAUUCCUAUUUAUUUAAAUGUACAAAUGGAAUAUACUACAAUUACUAUUCACUAUACAAAUGAGAAGAAUAAAAAUCUGGAAUAAAUUAUACUGAUAAUGCUUUUCAAUAUUCAAUAACCAAGGAAUUAUUCAUGUUCAAAUCGAUCUAUAUAAAGUAAAGAUAAAAUCUCACUUAAAUCAAUAAACCAUUCAAACAAUGUUCCUUUAUGUGUUAUCAAAUUGAUAAAAGAAAUUGUAUGUAAAAUGUAAAAAAAA